AUGCUUGUUCCUCCUGAUUUCGUGGUGACUGUCCCAGAUUAUGAUAUCAAAGAUUGUGAUUUCGUUGCCUACUUUGUUCAAGUAAAGGCUCUCACCGAUAAAGCUCAGGUUUUAUCUAGAGGCUUAAAGUCAUGGUGUGUUUCUCGUCGGUUUUCUGAGUUUUACAGGCUUUAUGAAAUGCUAGAAAAGGAAAUUCCUGCUUGCCUUAUUCCUCCACUUCCUCCUAAACACGGUGGUUCUAGCAGCGGUUGGUACAAGUUCGCUUCAGCUAUUGGUGCUCACUCAGUUGGUAGUCAAAUUCCACUUGAUUCAAUUCCAGGAGCUGUUGUUGGUAAGCGAUUUGACUCGGAACUUAUCGAUUCACGAAGACAUUCUCUGGAGAUCUUUCUUAACCGAUGUCUCUCGCAUCCACGUAUCAGCCAAUCCCAUAUUCUUCUAUCUUUCCUGCGAGAAAGUGAAGAUUGGAUUACGUUUCCACUAGAGCUAGACAACGCGACUUUUAACAGCGAAGAUGGUAACAUGGCAACUGGCGAACUUGUUGAAUCACUUAUAUCAACGAAAUUAUCAGCGUCCAUGGUGCAGAAAUCCCAAUCUAUGUUGGAUUCUGUGAAGCAUUUUUUUGCUUUACAAAAGCAAAUCAACAAACGACUGGACAAUCUCAAUCAAAUCAAUAAACAAGCGGCUGAUGCUCUUCAUCGAUGGUGUCCACAUGAGAUUCAGAACCAUCCGUUUGCGGAUUCCCUUCAGACCCUGGCAAAUAGUCUAGACAGCUAUCAUAGCCUAUUGGGUCUUAUGGGCGAAGGGGAUGCCGAGGUAGAAGAACGUCUUCAUAGUCAUAUGCGCUAUGCUGACGCUUUCGCUGACUUCUGUGCACAGGAGGCCGCGAUCCAUCGGGAAAUAGCUGCUGAACGCGCCGCCCUACUUCAACUUCAGAAUGAUGUUCAGGCUCUUCAGAAUGGAACGCGACCAGAAUUUAUUCCAAGCGUAGUUGGACCAGUGUCCAGCAUGACUAACAAUGUGAUCAAUGGACUGAAAUCCCUUUUCCUCAACAGCGAUACCUCAACUUCUACCUCGGAGAGCGUUAGUCCCGAAGAGAUUGAAAAGGCCAUGGAGCGUAUCAUCAAAAAGAUCAAGGACACUUCAAUCCGCUUGGUUGAAUUGGAGGAGGUCAAAUCGGAAUUCAAGAAGUCCAUGGCCGCAGAAUAUGCCUUCUUUGAAAAGCAACAGGUUGAAGAUCUUGUGGCAACAAUGCGGAUCUAUGCAGGAUUGCAACUCCAAAGAGCUGAUCGAUGCAAGAGGUUGUGGGAACGAGCGCAUGCUGCCAUAUUGAAUGCCACAGAAACUCCUCAAUUAUCUACUUCAUUAGCUGUUUUCUUGCUUCCCAGUAUCUCUGGCUUUCCGUCGUUGUCUUUAGGGUUGGACACCGAAUCAGGUGGGUCUUAUCCAUUUCCUCCUGAAGGUUACAUAGAUGGCAUGUGUUUUGCCAAGCAAUCGUGUCCGGUACGUAGUCUAAACUCAGCAACGGCUUCGAUUCUUGGCCAGUCGGCUAUAUCGGAGAGUGCCACUGUCCACUGUUUCUCCUUUGUUCGAGCUUUGAGUUCGUUGUACCUUGAGGACUUGAAUUCUCUCCUGGUUAAGGUCUUCAUUGUGUGGAAAGACAUCGGCCGGUCCAUACAUUGCACAAUCGUUGUCCCCUUCUUAGCAAGUGUGUCAGCAAGCUCAUUGCCUUUAAUGCCACAGUGA